AAUGUCUACGGUAUUUCAGAUUCAGACAUAAAAAUGGCGUCGUUGUCGAGCUUGUUGCCUGCCCCUAGUCAGCAAGUGUGGGAUAGAGAUGAUGAGUUGAAGGCUAAACGUGUCGGGAGUGCUCUUGUAGUGUCCCAGACCAGUGUGCCACCUUACGGUGAGAGGAAAGGAUGGGUACCUCGAAGAGACGAAGAUUUUGCAGAUGGCGGAGCAUUCCCAGAGAUCCAUGUGGCACAGUACCCGCUUGGUAUGGGAAUGCGAGGCAAGGAGAGUACUUCAAACGCUCUUGCUGUCCAGCUGGAUGAGUCUGGGAGAGUCAAAUAUUCUGCGAUUGCCAGACAAGGACACAGCGCUGACAAGAUAAUAUAUUCAAAAUUGACAGACUUAUUACCGUCUGAAGUGCUAGCCGAAGAUGACCCAACACUGCAGAAACCAGACGAGGACGACAUUCAAGAUAUCACCGAGAAGACUAAACUCGCACUCGAGAAAUUGACCAAUGCCAAAAUAUCAGCGGCGAUGCCAGUGAAAGCUGCACCCAAAGCUGCGCCUGCUCAAUAUAUUCGGUACACUCCAGCGCAACAAGGUGGCUCUUAUAACUCUGGAGCGAAACAGCGAGUUAUCAGGAUGGUGGAAGCUCAGUCGGACCCCAUGGAGCCGCCGCGCUUCCAGAUCAACCGCAAGAUCCCCCGCGCCGCGCCCUCGCCCCCCGCGCCCGUGCUGCACUCCCCCCCGCGCCGCGUGUCCGUGCGCCAGCAGAGGGACUGGAAGGUGCCGCCCUGCGUCUCGCACUGGAAGAACGCUAAAGGAUACACGAUCCCGCUGGACAAGCGUCUCGCGGCCGACGGCCGUGGUCUGCAACAAGUCCACAUCAACGAGAACUUCUCCAAGCUGGCUGAAGCACUGUACAUAGCCGACAGGAAGGCAAGGGAGGCCGUGGAAGCCAGGGCUCAGCUUGAGAGGAGAUUGGCGCAAAGGGAGAAAGAGAAGAAGGAAGAACAUUUAAGGAUGUUGGCGCAAAGAGCCAGGGACCACAGGGCUGGUAUUCGGGCACCAGAAGAGGAUGUGGAACAGCCCGAGAUAGAUGAGAGCGGUCUCAGUGUGGCGGAGAGGGACAAGCUGAGGGCUGAGAGGCACAAAGAGAGGCAACGCGAAAGAAACAUGGCUCGAGCAGCACCGGACAAAAGGUCCAAAUUCGCGAAAGAGCGGGAACGCGACAUCUCGGAGCAGAUCGCGCUGGGGCUGCCGGCCAAGACCAACCAGGGCGGCGAGGCCAUGUUCGACCAGCGACUCUUCAACAACAGCAAGGGAAUUGACAGCGGUUACGGAGAGGACGACGCGUACAACGUGUACGACAAGCCGUGGCGGAACCAGGACAACGUCGGGGCGCACAUCUACAGGCCCAGCCGGCACGCCGACCGGGACUCCUACGGGGACCUCGAGGCCGUCGCCAACACGCGCAGAUUCGUGGCGGACAAAGAGUUCGCCGGCACCAGCAGCUCCAACACCCGCUCUGGACCGGUGCAGUUUGAGAAGGAUGCUCCAAGCAGAGACGAAUCCUCUCGCAGCAACCAGUCGGAGGCUGACUUCGAUCCGUUCGGUCUGGAUCGGUUCUUGAGCGAGGCGAAGAGAGCCGACAAGUCGUCGAGGAAGCGCGACCACCACGACCGACACGACCACCACAACAAGAAGCGGCGCGACUGAUCCGACGUGAGCUCUUUUUUUUUCCCUACCUAAACUGAUAGAUUGAGAGGAUAUUUCAGCGUAACCUUAACUAGUAGAUGGGCUCACGGGGCUCAAAUGGAGUGAUGAUAACACUGACCCUAGCAAGAGCAGUGCUUCGCAGAAUCUACCAUCGGAUCGGAAACGCGACCCAUUGAGAAGAUCGGCCAGAAACUCAGUGGGCUGUGUCUGUGGGUUAAUUUACUCGUCGAGUCCUUCGUCGCAAGCGACGGGUUCGACGAGGACGGUAACCAGUGCUUGUGGUACCUAAAAGCACGAUUAAUGGAUCGGGAGAGCUGUUUUAUUGACAUUCUUUUAUUGGUUAGCUGAGUGGACGAGCUCAUGGUGCACUUAGUUUCCGAAGCCCAUAGUCAACAAUGGAAACCCUGCCACUUACGUUGAGACAUUAUACAGUACAGCGGCUGCCCCACCUUUCAAACCAUAGUACCGCUUCACGUCAGAAAUAAUCAUGAUGGUGGUACCUACCCGGGCGGGCUCACCAAACGGUCUGGCAUUAGUCAAAAUAUAUUUUAUCUUAGAGGGUGUAAGAAAGAACAGAUAUUGAUUUAUCAAAUGUAAUGAUGUUUAUAUUUGUAAACCAGUGUAGUAAAGGUCGUUGACCCGCGUCAGCUGACUGGUUAAGUUUGACCCUACCUAUUCACUAGUGGGCUAAGGAACCAUUCCAGCUACACACUGGCUGAUGAUAUAUUACACUGAGUGCUGUUGGACACCUUAGUAACUUGUCAUGUAAUAUCAAUUUGUUAGCACCACAUUACUGGGAGUGCUGAUGGUAAUGUGUAAGAAGUAAAUGAAUUUUCACGGGUAGGCACCACCGUUCUGACGGUAGAUAGCGACUUGGCUGUGUUUCUGGGACGGUGAUGAGCGACGGUAACCACUUACUGUCAAGUGGGCCGUAUCCUCGUUUGCCUACAAUGGCAUUAAAAAAAAUCCUGCCCAAGCAUUACGGUUUGAACAAUAUAUUGAGGUUUUUGAAGUUAUACUUCUUUAGGCGCGUCAAAAUAAUUGUAGUAAAAGUAAAAAUUUAUGAGAGUGAAAUAUUACGAUGCGCGCGCACCGUGACAAAAAUUAACAGAAUGAAGUUGCCCACUAAAUCGCUCAUUACAAUACGACCGACGUAACUUGGCGAUCUGAAUAUAGCCGCAGGUGAACUUUCGCGCAUGUACACUCGUAAAAAAAAGUGUUAUUAGCAUUCAUUUUUUAGUAAUAUAAAUGACAAAAUUAUUAUUUAAUAUAAUUCAUACUAAAUAUUAUUAAAUUAUUAACGUUAAAUAUUUAUUAUUAAUUAUUUAAUAUUAAAAAAAAAAGAAAUAAAUUUAAUAAAAAUAAAGUAUAACAUCUUACGCGCGUACAUAAGUACAAGCACCCUUUUUUAUUUCAUGUCUCAAGUUGUUCAUUAUUCUGGUAAAAAAGAACUUUAAUUAAAUCAUCAUGGUUGAGAAUCAAAUCAAUCUUACAUGCUCUUUGACUAAAAUAUUGUCUUUGUAAAUAUAAUUAUUGUUUUUUUCCACAGGUCCAGUGAUGUUUAAUAGUGAAGACUAUUUUGUUAAGGAUUAUAAUAUAAUAUAAUGUAAGAUUAUGUUUAGGUACUUGACAUCAUUGGCCUUUGACUGUAAUCCUAAAGGUAUAUUCGAAGGAUUUAUCCGUGGAACUGUAUGGAAUGAAUCCUCUAACGGUACAGAGGACAAUGAGUGUGAAUGUAAUUAAUAAAUAUAUUCAUUAAAUUUUGUUUUUUUAAUUUUUAUUUAUGUAUGCUUUUUGUAUUAACUAGUUUGAUAUUCAUGAUGCUAGAUCGUUCACUCUGUUGUGAAUAUAGUUUGAUGUAAAUAAGAUGCAGUCUGUAAUGUCUGGAUUGUGUUUUUAUAGUUAAAUCGUUUGAAAAUAUUUCCUAAUCACAGUUAUGUAGUAAAGGAGUGUGUGUAAUAUUUCUAAAGUUUACUCACUACUUAUGGAAGUUUUGCUGACAAUCUUGUGGAGAACCUCACAGGGUGCUGGGGUCUGAUAGCAUAGGUACUCUGAACUUGAUAUAUUUGGAUGUUGGCGACACAGGUGACAGUUGGAACUGCGACCUCAUGUCUCAAGGUGGGUGAGGCAUUCCCGUUAUGAUGUCUGGGCUCUAGUACCCACUUUACACCGUUUCGAUCGUCAGCUCGUUCACCCAUUUAAAUAAUUAAAAACUGUCCACUGCUGCGCCUUAGAAGAUGCUCUAAGAGAAUCUUCAAUGAACACAUUCGUUUUUUUAUAAAUAUGUGUCCCAACGAAAUUAAAACAGCUUAAGUCUCGGUCUGAUCUGUCCAUGAGGGUAUUGCAGCAUCUAUCAAAUUGUAAUCGCAUGUAACGAAUGUACGAUAAUUUUUGGAUCAGAUUUAGCAUAAUAACGUAUAAUGUGAUGUAAUAAUGAUGACGUCAUGAUCAGCAAACUACGCGUGUGAUCUUUAAUGUAUAGUUACUUAAGAGCAAAAACUGGUUUUUAACAUUAAAGUAACUUUUUUUGGUUUAUUGUCUCGGAUAGUAGUUGAGCAAGCGGACCAGUCGUUGGGAUGUGACCUAUCUCGAACUCCUGAGCCUCGUUUGAAGACUUAGCUCGGUGGAUACAGAGUCGGAAUGCAUAUUCCACAUUAGCCUCAACAUAAAUGUUGGGAACUGACCUAGCGAUGCAUAAUGCCAUUUAAAGGUCAUAUCUUGGUGUCACCCACAGAGUCCUCAGCAACAGGCAGGUAGACUUUGCUGAUGUCCACGAGCGACGGUGCCCAUCAAAUGGCCGCAUGCUCGUCUCUCUGCUAAGACAUUAAACAAAAAGCAACCCGUGUCAUCAGUGUUGUGGUAGCCCAAAUUGUCUUCCUUGAGUAGUUGUAGAGGGCGUGCCGAGAGAUCGGUCCUAAUAGAUAAAUAAGGGAUAAGCUUUGAUUUCAGUACAAAUAAUAUUUUAGUACAAUGAGAUUGAAUACAUUUAUCUCCCGUGUCUGUUGGGAAUGGUUGAUGAACCGUGACCGCACUUGAAGUGAUUUGUUGAAUAUCCAUACGAAAAAGCUGUGUUCAGAGAUGCGUUUGAAUUUCAUAAUGAAACAUAACACAAUAACGUGAAUUUUGUACAAAAUUAUUCACUUUCAAUAAAUUAAAUGUUUAUGUAUUA